AUGGAAGCCCAUCCAGCUAAAUCGGUGCAGUAUCAAGAGGACGAAGUGCGAGAGAAGUUGUUCCUGAUGAUACUAAGAUUUCUUGCAGACAUAGAUGUGUUUAGCCGUCCAACGUCCCCUAGUAUAUUCAUCGUCUACGCACAUGAAAAUUCUUCUGUGGAUGCAAAGGCCAAUGCCGGGAGCGUUCAAAGUCUUAUUCAAUACUUUGGUGUUCUUAGAGCCCAAUGUCUUUCAGACAAACGCCUAAUACCUCCGUUUGGCACGCGAGAGGAUGACCGUGCUGCUGCAGAAGACAUUCUUGAAAAUCAAUUUUGUUUGCUCCCAGCUCCCUUCGAUUCUACCCGGACCAACACUAUUGAUAGUGUCGACAAAGUGGUGGUUUGUUGUUCUGCCUUACUUAAACGAUACUAUGAUGAUCCUUUUACGCUAUCAUAUAUGAAUGCCAUCGUGGCAGCAUACACCGAGGAAGAAGCUAGGUUCUCCAGUAGAGAGGUACUCAGGGAUCAAAUCAAAGAUGUCGCGAAGAACAAUCGCUCAUAUGGUUCUUUUCAUCAUGUACUUACUGAACUUGCCUUUCUCAGGCUAAGAGGCACCCGGAGUCCUGACAAAAUUCACGACAUUAUCCCUGUCGCGCUUGAUCAAGAAACCAUCGCUGACCUACCACGCCUACCAUACCUACCGUUCCUCGACGACUGCAAGUUAUUCUCCAAGCUAGAAUCGUCUAAGAAGGCCGACUUACAUCAUCUAUUUUUCAAGCUGCUUCGACGAAUCUACUUAAAGACAAGUGGGCUUAUUCACAAAUUUGAAGACGCCUAUAAAACAGCCGUGAAACGACUGUGUAAAGAAGCCCCAAUAAUGAAUAAUCUAGCACAGGAAAGAGUAAGAGCAAUUGGCCAUGAUGAAAUCUACAAGGCGGCAGUUGACCUAAUGGGGGAUAACGGUGCUGCUUUCCGACGUACAAUGCAGAACGAUCAAAUCCAAAGUAUCCUGUCCGGCUUAGCGGAGAUAUUAGCAACUCAACGGAAUGAACAAGAAAUCCUCUCUAAACUCUCCAGCGUGGCAUACCAGGAUUGCAAGAACAGAAACCCAGAGCGGAUAAAGGGCACAUCCAGGAUGCGGGAAAUCAGUUCUAGCAAGGCAUUUAGUGGACAACGUUCUUCCAAGUACAAGUACAAGAAUCCUGUUCUCCUUACUAACGAGAUCAUUCGCAAAUUUUCCAAUGACGAACAGCUUUUCUCUUCCUUUACAGGCCUUUGGAACAUCCUUACAAAUGCUGCAUGCAGCAAAAAUGCCGGAGAGGUCAUUUGCAUCGUGGAUGCCUUGGAUGAAUGCAGUGAAAAUCGCCGUCUAAUUAAAGCCUUGGAAAGUUUCUAUGAGACAGGAUCUAGCGAAUCCUGCUUAAAAUUCCUCUUAACCAGUCGACCGUAUGUUCAUAUUCAACGCGGAUUCCAGCUCCUUGAAAACCGAUACCCUACAAUCCAUUUGAAUGGGCAGGACCAGAAGGAAGUCGAUAAGAUCUCAAAGGAGAUUGAUAUUUUCAUCAGAGCAAAAGUAGAGGACAUCAGCCGACGCUGCGGACUCCUCAAAGAAGAAAAACUAGUUCUCUUUAAAGAACUUGCUCACGUCACCAACCGAACAUAUUUGUGGGUUUAUCUUGUAUUCGAAGUUAUAUAUAAUAUCGACGAAAUUACGAAACAACGCUUACGGGAAAUGGUUCGCCAACUUCCUCGAACGGUUGAGGAAACAUACGAAAAGAUUCUAAAUAAGAGUACAAAUCCUGAGAAAGCCAGGAGGCUUCUCCAUAUUGUCAUUGCGGCAGAGACCCCGUUUUCAUUGGAGCAAAUGGCAACAGCGCUUGCAAUUAAAGAAGAGUACUUGUUCUACAGCGAAGUCGAGGUUCAGCCGGAGAAUCGCUUUCGCGAUACAGUCAGAGGCUUUUGCGGGCUUUUCGUUACUAUCGUCGAUUCUAAAAUCUACCUCUUGCACCAAACCGCCAGGGAGUUUUUGGUUUCUAAACAACCAAUUCCCCCUUCCGUUAAGAUGGGAUGGAAAAAUUCAUUUUAUAUUCCGGAAUCGCACCGCAUACUGGCAGAGAUAUGUACCACUUAUCUAAACCUCAGUUCUCUAAAUUCUCUCUGCUCGGACUUUGCGACUUAUGCCAAAUUUCGAUGGCCGCAUCAUUUCCGGGAGGCUUCUCUCCACAAUACGGUAAAGAUGAUAUUCCGUGCAAGGUCCCUUUGUGAGAUGAGUAGGUCAAAGUCUAAAUUAUGGUUCUACCAUAAAUGGAAGUCAACGAUUCGGUAUUUGUACCCAUCGAAAAGGGCCCGCGUUGAGGAUUUCUCUCCUUUGAUGGUUGCAUCACUGUAUGGUCUGGACCAAGUUGUUCAUAUACUAUUAGAAGAGGAUAAGUUGGAUGUGGACGUUAUAGACAAAAGGUUUGGCCGGUCUGCUCUUUCGUGGGCUUGCGAGAUGGGACACGAGAAAGUUGUGGAAACGCUCCUUGACUUCAAGAUGAAGAAAGAUGGUCCUCGGUUUAAGCCGGAAGAUCAAGUGAUCCAACUACUAUUUUUGUCGGCAGUGUUUCAAGAUUUCGAACAAGUGGUACGACGUUUACUCGAAGCCGGGGUCAAAGUCGAUAGGCAACCCGAGCUGCCAUUUUCAGACGCACUGAUUAACUCCUGGGAUCGAAAUGUCCGCACGUCACUAGACACGCCGCCAUUGAUAAUAGCAAUAUAUAACAACAAUGCCCGUUUAGUACGGCUACUGGUUGACAUAGGAGCCGACGUCGAUGCAUGCAAUAAGGAUGGAGAUACAGCUCUAAUACAGGCAGCAUAUCACGAUAACGGAGAACUAGUGCAAUGCCUACUUGAAAAAGGAGCUAACAUGGACGUGUGCGACAGCGAUGGAAGAACAGUUUUAAUGCAUGCAGCAAAAAGAGGUUACGACAACAUAGUCCAGCAGCUCCUUAAAAAGGGACCUGAUAUCAACGUGUGCGACGAUUUCGGAGAAACAGCUUUGAUAUAUGCAGCAAAAAGAGGCCACGAAAACAUAGUCCAUCAGCUCCUUAAAAAAGGACCUGAUAUCGACGCCAACCUAACAAUCCGCAUCGUCCUGAUAGUCCUCUCAUCCCUUCCUAUGAUUGUCGACAACGCGGGCGAAUCCAGGCGUUGUGGGUAUGGGAAGCUCCUGACCUCCGAGGCGUCCCGGCUGCGGAAGAUUAUAUCCUGCAGCAUCCCGAUGCCGACGAGAAACCAGGGUAUGCUCUCCGAGGCCCGAUAUACUACUGCCUCGUGGGCUGGCAGGUCCACGGUGCAGCGAGAUGUAAGGACGUCCGGCGGAGUCUCCGGCCCGCGGAUCCGACGCCCGGGGGGCCGCGAGAUGUACCGGGUCCGAGCAGUACCCUCCCUCGGAUUGCCGACGGAAAGAACAUCAUGA